CUGCAAAAAAAUGACAGCAGACAAAGUUGCACCUUUACCACAAAAAGGAGUGGCAGUGGCAAUUCCAGACACAAAAUCGAGCAACGAUGACUCGAAGGAUCAACCCGGAUAUGUUCGUUAUCUGAUCAUGAUUUCUACAAUGCUCUGUCUAACUUCUCUUAUGUCUAAUGUCGUAUGCUUCAAUUUUACCGUACUCUGCAUGCCAGGAUCUGGAGAAACUGGAGAACUUGUCGGAAAUCGAACUCAUUUUGUUGGUUACACACGACAGGAAAAGACAGUUCUUCUGAGUACGGUAGCAAUUGGAGCAGUAUGUGGAGUAUUUCCUGUUAUCAUUGGAAUCUCUAAACUAGGACUGAAAAAAGUGUUUAUGACAUCUGGAGUUUUAACUGCGAUCUCGACGUUUUUGAUUCCAAUCUUGGCUCCUCUUCACUUUCACUUGUUCAUCAUGCUCCGAUUUGUCCAAGGACUCUCUUAUGCCGCAUGCUUCCCAGCAGUUGGAGCAAUUACUUCUUCCUGGGCAUCACUUGCUCAACAAGGACUUUUUAUUGCUGCACUCACAACUUUCGGACAAACAUCUUCAAUUUUCUCAAUGCCUGUCGCUGGAGAAUUGUGCACUUCGGUGUUUGGCUGGAAAUCGGUAUUUUAUCUCCACGCAAUCAUUUCAUUGGUUGUGUUCACAAUUUGGUUCGCACUUUUCACUGAUUCUCCAGAAGACAACAAGCUUGUUCGGCCUGCAGAACUUGCAGAAAUUGAGUUCGGAAAAUCAGAAGACGAGAUCCAUGAGCAUUCAAACACCCCUUAUUUGGAAAUUCUCACAACUCCUUCAGUCUGGGGAAUCUGGAUUGGAGCAUUCGGAGAUCUUAUUGCUGUUCAACUGAUUCACAUUUAUUCCCCAGUAUUCCUUCAUGAUGUCGGUGGUUAUUCAUUCGAGAAAACCGGAUUCGCCGCUGCAGUUCCAGUUCUGUUCCAGUUCUUCGUCAAAAUGUUCGCAGGACAUUCGAGUGACAAGGUACAUGGUAUUUCUGAAACCACAAAACUUCGAAUCUAUAACACAAUUGCUCUCGGAGCCAGUGCAAUCUUUUUGGUGUCUCUUGGAUUUGUGAAGCAAGGACAAGGAGUAUUGGGAUUGGUAUUGAUGACUUUGGCAACUGGAAUGUUUGGAUUCAAUGGAGGAGGUUUCAGUAAGUGUGCUGCUCUUGUCUCUCGCCAAUACAAUCACUUUGUAAUGGCAAUUCAACAAAUUCUUGUCUGCUUGUCAAUGAUCGUAUGUCCCAUCAUCGUUUCCACAAUUCUACAACAUGGAACUACAGCCGAAUGGAGAAUCGUAUUCUUUGUGCAUGCUGCAAUUCUGCUUAUUUGUAAUGCCAUCUUCUGCUGGCUGGCAACUGCAAAACCUGCUCCAUGGACUGAUAGAACUAUCAAACAUUCUGCUACAAAGAAUACACCACUCUAUCAGACAAAAGUUUAAAGAAUUCUCUUCAUUUUUUUUAGAUAACUAGUUAUCAUCCAUCAUCUCAUCAAUCACUUCAUAUUGAUAAUUCAUAUCAUUGUUUUAACACUCUCGGGUACGUCAUCUUUCAAUGUGUUUUGAAUUUAUGUUUUUACUGUAAAUCUCGGAAUUCUUGAUGUAAUUAAAUUUUAAAUGAAUAUCGAAAAGAACAAU